AACAUUGGGGGAAAAAGAAGUAACCAUCUUCAUCUGCAGCAAUGGUGUCCCACCCCAUUUUCCAUCAAACCCUUGUGUUAUUUCUCCUCUGUGUCACAACUCUUUCCUUGGUUGCUGCCGAUCCCACAGAUGGCUUCACCCAACUUUCAUUAACUAGUUCCAACUUUCAGGUCCAAAAGCCUUAUGAUGUUUCACAAGGCGACCGUUACACCUUUAUAAAUGGAGUGCACAGACUUUGGGUAUACAACUCAGACAAGCCUCACACCACUACCAGCCAAACAGCACCACGAACUGAGAUUCGUAUCACGGGGUACGAUUAUACAUCUGGUGUGUGGCAAUUUGAAGGGCAUUUCUACGUCCCCAGUGGCACAACCGGGACAUGCAUCCAACAAGUGUUCGGUGGAGCCACCCAUGCCACAACCUCUCAGACUAGGGUCUAUGGUGGAUCUCUCACUCACUACCAGUCAACUACUCUACAACAAAACAUCUAUAAUAAGUGGCACCGUUUCAACGUCAUCCAUGACGUGGGUGCCAACAACGUGAAGAUUUAUAUCGACGGGAUCCGGAAAUUUAAUGGAAAUGGUCGUGGAGCCGGCGUUCACUACAUGAAGUUUGGGGUUACGCACAGGAAGGUGCUUCCCCCUAUAUGGAAUCUCGAUGGAGGGAUAUCAAGCUUUUUAGAAGAUAUUAGAGAUUGAAUUAGCUUUUGUUUCAGUUCCAAGUUCUAUAAUAAGGCAAGCAAAGAACUUGUUUAAUUAGUUAUGUGAUCCUAAAUAAUUUACUUGGACUGAGAGAAGCAAUGUUUAGAAAUCCAUAUCCUAAUCCUAGGUUACCCAUCUACCUCGUCAUUGGUUGUUAUAAUCUUGUAGUGGUGUCCGUUGUCCUUUCAUACUUAUACUUCAUAUUAACCGUUGCGAGAAACUAUUUACUCGUCAUUUAAAACUUCC